UUAAAAAAAAAAAAAAAAAAUCAGUGGUCAACAAAUUGCAGACCCAGAUUUCACACUGAUCAGGUGCAUGUUGGCAAUUUUAUUAAUCUGAGCACUAGACUGGAAUCAAAAUGUUCUUAGGUGUUAACGUAUUUACAUCCAGUCUUCUCAGCUGCAUGUGACUGAUGUGCUGUGAUGAUGAGUCGGAGGAUUCCUCCUCUCCAGACGACUGUGUCCGGGCUGUACCAAACGGAGGGAGAGGGGUUUCCUCCAUCGCGCACAGGUUUCAUCAGGUGUCAUUAUUUCUUUUAAUGCAGAUCAGAAGUGACGCCUUCAGCUAAAUCACGUGUGAAUUUUUUUGUCCAUUUUGAAAUCCAGUGUUUUUCUAAAUGCCCCUUGAUGACAAAGCGCUGACUCCAGCGAUUGCCCCCCCCCCCCCCCGUUUCCCCGGUGAUGGAGAGACUUGUGUAACCCAGUCGAAGAGGGCAGCGCUCAGUAUAACAAUUAUCAGGAUGAGAGGAGCGCCUCUAUUUCACAUGUGACAGCAAUAUGUCGGUGGCGUUUUCGUCGGCGCGGGCCAGCAGGGGAGGCAGAGUGGAGGUGACGCAGCAGACGAUCCAGAAGAUGUUGGAUGAAAAUCAUCAUUUAAUACAGUGUAUAAUGGAUUACCAAAGCAAAGGGAAGACGGCCGAAUGCACACAGUAUCAGCAGAUCCUGCACAGAAAUCUCGUGUACUUGGCCACGAUCGCAGAUUCUAAUCAGAACAUGCAGUCGCUUCUACCUGCACCUCCCAGUCCCAGUAUGGCCACGGCUCCUGGAGGGUUGGGUCAGGGCGGGGGACAUGCUGCGGGUAACCUCAAUGACACCAUGGCCCCUGGACCGACCCCCACGUCCAUGAUGCAGAGCCAACUGAGCAACGGCCCCGGCCACGCCCCCACGCAGCAGCAGCAGCAGCAGCACCACCAGUCUGGUCAAGUGCAGGCGUCCGUCAGCCUGCCGGCCAGCGGCAGCUACGGCGGCUCGGCCUACAGCCAUGCUGCACCCUCCUUUCAGGGCAGCAUGAUCCAGGGCCUCGUCCCCGGCUAUGGCUCCUCCUCCUCCUCCUCCUCCUCAUCCUCGCCCCGCAGCAACCUCAACAUGCAGUCCAACCAAGUCUCCGUGAUGCACCAACAGUCCGCCACUCCGCACUACCCCUCGGCUCAGGCCGGGGGGCAACUCUAUCAGGGACAGCAGGCCGUGGUCAUGAUGGGUCAGGGCAGCCAAGGAAACAGCAUGACGUCUCCGAGGCCCAUCGGAUCCUACCGCCCAUCACAGCUAGGUCACGGCGAGUACUCGUAUCCGCAGUCUUCAUACGCCGAGCAGAGCUACGACAGGUCCUUUGACGAGUCUUCGCAGCAUUACUACGAAGGAGGUAACUCUCAAUACAGUCAACAGCAGCAGUAUCAGCAGAGCUCCGGUCAGCAGCAGCAGCAGCAGCAGCAGACGACGUUCAGCCAGCAGCAGUUCUCCUCUCAACAAGGCUACACGGGACAGCCGCCGGGAUAUGGACCUGGCCAGGGCGGAUCCUCCCAGUAUUCUCAGUAUCAACAGGGUCAAAGCCAACAGUACGGUUCCUACCGCUCGUCCCAGGGCGGCGCCGCUGCCGGAGCCCAGACCCAGAGGUCCUAUGCUUACGAACAGGGUCAGUACGGAAGUUAUCAGCAAUAAAGACGUACAUCGUUUCCCUGUUGGAGGCAAGAAAAUGAGACGUGAUGAACUCAGCUGUGCAUCGGACGAUCCGGCCGCAUCCCACUUAUUGUCCUUCAUUAAUCAUUGAUCAGCGUUUCCGCGGAGAAAAACAUUGAUGCUUCCUUUUUGCUGUUUUAAAAUCUGUUCUCUCGCUACAGGGUUUUAGCGCGAAGUCUCUAACAUAACGUCAUUUGUUAAUGUGAAACGUCCAUAUGGAUUAAUUAUGGUACGAUACUUUGUCAGAUAAGCUUCUUUGCCUCUUUGCGUUUAUUUUAUUCCAGACACCCUUUUUUUCCAUUCCUCUUAUUUCUGUCUGCGAUUUAUGAGACUGUGGCUAUGAAAAAAAACAACUGGGCCUUGAAGGAAAUGCUCCUUAAAAAAUUGGACCGAACGGUCUCGGUCCAGAUUUAUACCUUUAACACUCUCUUAUAUCUGACGAUUAUGGAAAUAAAUUUUUUUCUUUAAGGUGAAAGCGCUUGGUGGUCAAACCUCCGUGUCGGUCAAACUGUGACGUGGUGCCGUGUUCUAACAUCGUGUCUCUUCACUCUACGCGUGUCUGCCCAGUUUAUAACCGACUGAUCCAGCAGAGAAUUAAUCAUUGUCCAUGAUAGUCGUACGUCAGUGUUUUUUUCAGUGGCAUUUCUCUGAGGAGACUGUAUGGUUGUUGUGUUACUCUACCCGGAUGCCAUUUAUUAAGGAUUUACAUUAAAAACACAUUGUCUGCACUUUACAGUAUAUGUAUUGUUUGAUAUUUCAUAUGGUCCAAUUGUAUUUUUUAUUUUAUUUUUGACAAAUGCCCCAUCAAAAAGCCAAAGUAACACAGGAGCAGAAUGUGUCAAUACACUGGACCAUGUCGAUGUCGCCUCUUAUGAACCUUCACUUUAUUUGUUUGGCGUUUCUUGAUUGUUUGGUUUUAAUGUUAUGUUGUGUGCGUUUCAUCUGACACAUAUUUAAGAAAUGUAUUUUCUGUACGACUCAUGAACUAAUUCCAUGAUGUGUUCCAUCACAAACAUUGAGAUAACUGCUUCAGAUUUUUCUCAGUCCAAACUUUAUCAGACGAAGGAAAUAAUGUUUAAAAUUGGAUUUUAUUUUUAAGAUGGUGUGCAAGCACACUUGCCUUAUUCUAUCUAUUUAUCAUGGGUAUAUAUUAUGUGGUAUAUUUACUGAUUUCAAAAACACACAUCUGGUCACUUUCGCCAUUUCCUAUAGUUUGAUCAGUAAUGAUGAUUAUCGAUGGCCGUGAGGGUUCAGAUUUGCAGUAUAUAUCUAACUCUACAAACCUCUGAGGGGUAAACAAACACAACAGUUGCAGGUUAAUGAAGAAUGAGAGAAACCUGGUACUGAACCAGUAGACAGUGACAAUCACACGCUUCUCUGUACACAACGAAUCUGCGUCCGUAUUUGGUUUUUAACUGUGAAACGUAUGACGAGUCUGUUGCAGUUCUGUCGUGUGUGUAAUCACUGCUGUGGGUUGUGUGUGUGUGUGUGUGUGUGUGUGUGUGUGUGUGUGUGUGUGUGUGUGUGUGUGUGUGUGUGUGUGUGUGUGUGUGUGUGUGUGUGUGUGUGUGUGUGUGUGUGUGUGUGUGUGUGUGUGUGUGUGUGUGUGUGUUUGUUUACAUGUGUGAAGUGGAGAGAAAGAGUGGAGGAGGAAGUCACAUUUGGUGUGUAUAAUCCAAAUAUGAAUGUUAUGUAUUGUCAGACUGCCUGAUCUUUUCUGCUGUCUUUUGUUACUGUUUGUUUUAGAACAAUAAACUGACAUUUACCUUU